AUGGUGCGUACUUACCUUAUCGGUGGGAAUUGGAAGUGUAACGGCACGGUACAAUCCGUCAAAGAGCUAUGUGCAAUGCUAAACAAGGUCGAGAUCACAUCGAAUACGGUGGAAGUGGUUGUGUCGCCCACCGCUCUGCAUCUGGAUCUGGCCAAGUCGUUGCUUCAGGAAAAAAUUGCCGUUGCGGCGCAGAAUGUAAGUCUUACGGGUACUGGAGCCUAUACGGGUGAAAUUGCAGCUGAACAGCUCGUAGAUUUUGGGUUGAAAUGGAUAAUUACGGGUCAUUCAGAGCGGCGCGCUUACUAUGGCGAGACAGAUGAGAUUGUUGCCAAGAAGACAAAACGCGCUGUGGACUUAGGCCUCAAGGUCAUAUUCUGCAUCGGCGAAUCACUUAAGGAGCGGGAGGCCGGCAAGACGAUUGACGUACUUAUCCGUCAAAUAGAGGCUCUAGCGAACAUGAUGGAUCACGUUGACUGGGCCCAAAUCGUGAUCGCUUACGAGCCCGUGUGGGCAAUCGGCACGGGCGUCGUGGCCACUCCUGCCCAAGCUCAGCAGGCUCACAAUAAUUUACGCGCCUGGAUCUCCAGCAACAUAUCCCCUGCUGUGGCCGAGAACAUUCGCAUAAUCUACGGCGGCUCUGUUAACGGUGACAAUUGCGUUGAACUCAUCGCGCUUGCGGAUGUUGAUGGAUUUCUCGUCGGAGGCGCUGCGCUCAAACCCGAGUUCGAAACGAUCAUCAAAAGUGCUUUUUAA